AUGGAGCAGCAGAACACAGCUCAUAAACUCGUCGUCAACCCUGAGCAGUCGGGGGGCAUGAUUGCAGUUGCCACGAGGACGCCAAAGGGAGACAACCUUCAGUUCACGGUCAGGACGGAUGACAAGCAAGGCCCCCCACCUGCACCCUCUCCAAAGCCGCCAGGGCAGCAAGAGAAGAGGCCGUCCCCUCCGCCAAGGGCCUCCUCUCCCCAACACGACAUGUACAGCUCGGACGAUUCCUCCCCCCGGGCCUGGCGCCAUCGCAGCCCGUCCGUGACCAUUGACGUCAGCGGCCUGGCAAACCCAGACAAGAUGCGCCGCUCCUUCCGUGAGCAUUCACCCUCUCCCAGCCCUACACCCCGUCGCCGCUCGCCCCCACCCCGGAGGCCGUCACCAUCCAGGCGUUAUUCUCGCUCUCGCUCCCGCUCAAACUCGAGGCCGCCCCCUCCAAAGGCCCCUGAGCCCAAGCCAAGCCCUGGAUUUGGCUCGAUCCGAGAGGAGAAGCUGUACAUUCUGCUGACACUCAAGCGGAUGAAGGCAGAGGGCGUGCAGGAGGUCUCUGACUACACGAUUGACUCUGACAUUGAGGAGAUGCGGAUGGAGCUCCGCAAGUUGCAGGAGGACCAGAUGAUGACCAACGGGAUCGAGAGCUGCCGGACCGCCCUCAUCACGGUCACAACGGGCCUGGAGAUCAUGAACAAGAAGUACAAUCCGUUUGAUCUUGACCUGGACGGCUGGAGCCAGAGCAUCUUCGAGAGCAUCGAACGUUACGAUACGGUCCUCGAGAGGCUUGUGAAGAAGUACGGCAAGAGGGUGUCUGCCAUCUCCCCGGAGAUCCAGCUCAUGCUCAUGCUCUGCGGCUCUGCGGCCAGCUUCUGCUUCACAAAGAGCAUGAUGAAGGCUGCCCAGCCCACCAUGACCAGGAUUGCAGAGGAGAACCCGGAGCUCGUCCGCAAGAUGAUGCAGGGUAUGGCCCCUGCAGCUGCCCAGCCUCAGGAGGUCCCAGCAGUGCCGGUUGUGCCCGUUGUGCCCGUUGCAACACCCGUCGUUCCAACCGCGUCCGUCCCUGUCCCACAGAGCUCCCGAUAUGCGGAACCUCUGGAGCGGUUCGUGAGACCUGCCCCGCAGGCUCCAAACCCCUCUGGUGGGGAUGAUGCUAGCAGUGUCAGCCUGUCUCUCGCGGGAGACGCCGAGGUCUCCGGAUUGAAUGACAGCUUCUCUGUCAGCUCGAUUAGCAGCCCAAAGGGCCAGCCAGCCGUCAGGAAGGUCGCUAUUGGCAAGGAGGCCGUUGUGAAGAAACGCGGCAAGGCGCAAAGAGCACCGUCCCGCCCUAAUGCCCCUUUUGCGACCGCCUCUGCCCCCCUUUUCCUCCUAAGCUUUGGUACACGUGGAAGCCUAGCGGCGUCCCUUCUUACUGCGCGCCUGUCGCCUUGGACGGAAGAAAUGCCGCACGUUCCAUCCGUCCGCCAUUCGUCCACAAUGUCCGGGAACUUGUGCAGUGUGUAA